GCGGGGCGGAAAGCGGCGGCGGCGGUUCCGGUAGCGGCGGCGGUGGCGGCGGCGGCGAUGAGCUUCGUGUGGCCGUGGCAGUACAGCUUCCCGCCCUUCUUUACGCUGCAGCCCAACGGCGAGACGCGGCAGAAGCAGCUGGCGGCGUGGUGCGCGCUGGCGCUGGCCUACAGCCAGGAGCACCGGCUGCCCGCCAUGACGGUGCGAGAGGCCCAGGACAUCCCGCUGUUCGCCAACCACCGGCUCCAGCGGAAGCUGCCGCUGGAAUCCAUCCAGGUGGUGCUGGAGGAGCUGCGCAAGAACGGUGCGUCUGUCCGUCUGUCCGUCCGUCCCGACCCGCGCAGCCACCGCGCCGCUCCGUCCCGGAACCUGGAAUGGUUGGAUAAGAACAAAACCAGCUUCCUGAUCAUGUGGAAGAGACCAGAAGAAUGGGGAAAGCUCAUCUAUCAGUGGGUGUCCAAGAAUGGCCUGACCAACUCUGUGUUCACGCUGUAUGAGCUGGUCAGUGGAGAUGAUACAGAGAAUGAAGAGUUUCAUGGCUUGGAUGAGGCCACGCUGCUCCGUGCCCUGCAGGCCCUGCAGCAGGAGCACAAGGCUGAGAUUAUCACGCUGGAUGAUGGCCGAGGAGUCAAGUUCUUCUGAGAGCAGCCUCCUCCUCCCCUUCCCUGCUGCAGUCUGGGCUCUCCCUUGCCAAGCCUUCCUCUCUGGGCCUGGCCUCAAGCUGUGACUGCAAGUAGCUGCAUCUCGGGAUUUCUCGGGGCAAGAUGAGUCUGAGAACCCUUCCAAAGACUUAGAGCUCCUCUGUCUGUCUGUUCUCCCUGUUGAUGUGUUCAAGAGGCUGAAGCUGCUCUAGGCAGUUCUGGGAGGGACCACCCAGAAGUGGAACCUGGACUUGCUGCUGCUCCCUGUGCCUGGGAUGGCCUCCAAGCAGCCCCAGCUGGGCUCAAGCUUGGCCUCCCCUGUGUCCCUGCCAGCCACACGUGCCUGGGUCCUGCAGCCCUGCUGCAGUGCCAGGGGAUGAGGCAGGAGCAGGGGACUGGCUGUGGAAGCCCUCAGUGGCAGAAGGAAAUGCACUUGCUGCCAGGCAGGCUGGGGGAAGCCAGGGAACUAAUUUCAGGUGAUUAAAAUGAGAUGUAUUUAUAGAGCA